AUGCUACGACAGGCUGUACGACGAUUCACAACCUCCGCGGUUCGCUCCUCACAUUACUCCGAGGGACCAGGACAGGUAAUCUCCUCCAAAAAAUAAAGAUUACACAUUUUAGCUAAAUAAAACCGCGGGCUCAUAACUCGGGCCUCACCUCAGAAGUCUGCGUGGAGGUCACAAGCUAGUGCUAGCUAACCUCCAGGUUUCUCGUUUCAAAACCAAGCGCUAGCUAGUUAUGUUUUUUUCCAAGAUGCAACGUUGCAGCAACAAUAUUGUCUAUUGUAUUUUUUACUCCUGCUUGUUUUUUUGACUUCCCGUAACAUAGCUAGCAUAGCUAACGUUAUACACUGCUAAACGCUAACAUUAGCUAGCUAACUUGAUGUCCGCCAGCUAAUGUAAUCUGACUAGGUAACGUUAACUACAGUAACGUUACUGCCAUACAUUUAAUAUCCCGUCUUUAAUUUAUAUUCAGUUUGCUCAAUAUAGUCCAAGGGCCACCCACCAAAAAUGUCUUGUUCCGUGACCUAGGAAACAAAACUGCAAAAUGUCAACAUUACAUAGAUAUUGUUAUGAAUAUGAACACAUUAAUUCAUUUUUUAUGAAAGUUAUGAUUUUUAAUAUCGAAAUCAUAGCGCAUCUCUGAUAAUUUCCCUAGCAACGUUCCGCAAUGUUUCACCUUGGUUAUCUACUUUUGUUGCACACUGUCACCUUGGGUAGCUACUUUUGUUGCACUCUGUCCCACAACGAUUUGUUCUUUCUGUCUUCGUCCUUGCAUAAGCAGCACGUUACUGGUCCUUCACCUCCAGAUGAACCCCGAAACAAGGAAAUAUAUUUUAACCAUCUAACGUUACAGUGGUUUCCUCAGUUAAUAUUAUAGGACGAUUUGGCAUAAUUGCUUUUGCCUACUAGCCAAGCGAAAGACAGCAGAACGUGUGCUAGCUAACACAGCAUUCUAAACAUUCAAGGUCCGACAGCAACAUAAAGCGACGAGGAAAAUUCAUUGAACACCUUUCAACAUUUUAUCAACUAUUAUUUCGGGAUUUCUCUUGUCCAGUACAUACAUUGCUUUCUGCAAGCAUGGACAACGGAACGUGUCACAAUUGUAACCAAGGUAUAACAUGGCAACCUUAUAAUGUUGCUAGAAGAAAUUACCCAAAAUGUGCUAUGAUUUCGAAAAUUGUACCGUUUUGAUUUAUAAUAUUUAAUUAAUGUGCAACUUUUACACAUUUUGAACCUCAGUGUUCAUAUUAAUACAAUUAUCUACGUAAUGAUGAAACUUUGCAGUUUUGUUUCCUGGGUCACGAAAUGCCUUUUUUGGUGGGUUGCCCUAGGACAAAUAUGCAUGUCAUUCUAGCUAGCUAAUUCACUUGCUGGUUAUUUUAUUAGCCAGUUAACUGUGAGCCAUAUGGAAUUGACACUUGCAGUUGUUGGGCUAACGUUAGCUAACUAGUUAGCUAACUAUAUACUUAAAUGUUGCUAUGGAUUUUCAGAACUUAGCAGUGGUGACUUGUUGAAUGAUUAGACAAGCUAGAUACUUGACUUAGCUAGCUAUAUAGUGUAAAGCCUUGACAGGGCCAGCUUCCAAACAUGAUUACCAGGGAUGGUUAGCUAGUUCGUUACAUUAUACUUUGAUCAGACCAUGUAACAGAAAGAUGUUAUGACUGCAGUUAGCCAGCUACUUUCAAAGUCUUGCAUCAAGUUAGCCACAAUUGUAUUGGUUGACGCUGACUGCCCUCAAGCUGAUGUUUGCAGUCCCACUUGGACGUAACCAUAUCCAUGUACUCAGUCACAUUGAACUGCGAUACACUCAUUACGUUGUCAUCGCUCAACACUUUUGUUUUGUGUUUGUGUUCAAUAGAACCUGCCAUUCUCAGUGCAGAAUAAGUGGCGUCUGUUGGGCAUGAUGGUGGUGUUCUUCGGCAGUGGCUUCGCCUUCCCCUUCAUCGUCGUCAGACACCAGCUCCUGAAGAAGUGA